UUGGUGGUAGCAACGGCCACGAUGUGGCAGGGCCUUCCCUCGCUUUCUAUAUGCACUGCCCGCGAGGGUUGGCUAUGGCGGAUGAGACCAUUUACUUCCAUCGGCGGCUGUGCUCUCCAGAGAGUUUUGUGAGGAGGAAUUCUUGGAGGAGGAUCUUCUUGUAGCUGUGCCUAUGGUGCGUGAUUCUCAACGCCGAGCCCUCCAAUUCCGAGCCGAACGAGGGGCGCGGUGCUCGAUCUGCCGCGAAUUUGCCCCUGCUUCGCAACUCUAGAACGCACAUUUCUCGCAUCAUCUCUCCAUUCUUGAUCCUCUCUUCUCUCUUGCCUCGUGCCACAUUGUGUUGUCCCAGUCGAGGAAAAUCUCUCGCGAGAAGCGAGCGAGCGCGCGCAAGAAAAAUUCCGGCCUAGGUGGGCUAUAGCCUGAAGCUUGGCGCGAUGCCUCAGAGGCCAGCGUGGUUGGAGGCAUUGCUCACGGAGAAGUUCUUCGUGGCCUGCCCAUCUCACUCGACCAUCAAGAAGAACGAGCGCAAUGUCUUUUGCGUGGAUUGCAGCUAUGGCAUCUGCCAGCAUUGCCUCCCCGCGCAUCAAUCCCACCGCCUCCUCCAGGUGAGGAGAUAUGUCUACCACGAUGUCAUCCGCCUCCAAGACAUCCAAAAAUUCGUGGAUUGCGCGCUCGUCCAGACUUAUAUCAUUAACAGCGCGCGAGUCGUGUUUCUAAAUCAGCGCCCACAACCGCGGCCUUCCCGGGGCUUUGGGAAUUCCUGCGAGACGUGCGAGAGGAGCUUGCAAGACGCCUAUCGCUACUGCUCGCUGGCCUGCAAGGUGGAUGCGGUGGUCCGCAGGGGAAAGGAUCUCUCCAGCCUCGCCCCACGCCAGGGCGCCAGCAACGCCCAGCCCGAUGACUUCUUCGUGCUCUCGCCCGCCGAGAGCCUCAAAUCCGACAGCGACGAGGAGAUGUCGCCCAAUUCCGUGCUCGAGGACGCCAAUUCCUCGUCGCCCACAUCCUCGGGAUCCUCGGGCGACGACGAAGAGGACAGCAUCUCGUGCGAUUUCGGCGAGUCCGCGGCGGCGCGAACGUCGAUGUUUGUGAAUCCCAAUCCGCCCAUGAAGAAGUUUAGGAGCCAUCGAUCGACGACCGCGGCCAAGUUCCUGGCCAACAUUGGCGGGAGUAGUGGCAGUAGCAGCAGCAGCAAGCACAGGAAAGGAGUGCCUCACAGAUCUCCUCUGUGGUGAGCGAUUUGGAUGAGAUCGUCGGGCCUCACUACUCCUGUGGCAACGCUAACUACAAUUCGAGCACUGUAGAGCAACACACCGAGAAGAACAGCGAGAGGAUUCGCGUCAACACGAUCACAUCACUGUUUCAAAGGUUCUGGAAGUUUUGAUAGAGAUUCACCAAGGUAAGUUUCGAAUUCCAGCAGCAGCAGCAAGGUCAAGAGCGCAAGGUUUUCUCUUUUUCUUGUGAUGUCUUCCUUCCUUUUUAGCGAGAGGAGAGAGAGAGAGAGAGAGAGAGAGCGAGCGAGAGAGUACCAUGAUCUCUCUAUACUAAUAUCAAUCGCUUUUUAGAGGCCAAAGCAGCGGGGAGACGAGAUCCGAGCGCUCUUGAAUUUGUCGAGGGUGGAAUCGGUCUCCAUCUCCAUCACUGGAGUGUGCUCAGUGAGGGUCGGUUCCUUGUCUGCCUGGUUUUGGUCGUCCGAGUCUCAUUGAAUUGGAGCUGGAGAGAGAUGGAGAUGGUGGUGGCAUGGGUUGGUUGCUUGCUUUGCCUUGCUGCCAUGGAAUUGAUGGGCAAUGCCUGCCUCUCCCCUGUUUUCCCCUGCGCUUGGUGUUUGAAAUUGGCUCUGUUUUCUUUC